GUUUGUGGGAUUUUGUGUAUUUUAUGAAGUUUUUUUCUCUUUCCAAGACUUUGCAGCUACGUCACUGUUGGUAGUUUUUAGCUUUUCCGUUUCAGCCUGCCGCCAGUGACAUGGACAUGGCAAUUUUCUGGACAGAACCAACCCUUUGAAGUCGAUGUUUACAUUGAGAAAUAGUGCUUAGCGCUGCAGUUGUUCAAUUGUAAAAUAUCAGUAGCGUUUCUGUUAUUAUUUACAGUUACUGCAACAAAUCGUUGUCGCUAUUUGUAAAGAGUAUAAACUAAAAGCAAACACCUCUACCCUUAAAGUUAAUUUGUAACGUUAACACUUUUAACGUCAACUUCGCUAGCCAGGAUGUUAAGACGUUAAAGCACUCGUCGUGUUAUUACUUUGCUUUACGUGUUAGUAACUGUAUUAUUGAGAUAAAACAUAUAUGAUAUCCACAUGAACUGAGAUAUGAGUCGAGUUAGAUUUGGAAGAUCUAGUUUGUUGUCAAGAAGAAAGCCCGUUUCUGGUUCCAUCGAGUGUGUUUAAUACGGACAUGCGACGUUAACGUUUCAUUUCGUGCAGUAGCUCAGUUGCAUUCUCCAGCUAGCAACGUCUGUGCAAUCUGCUAAUGAUGCGCACCACCAGGCAAUAUGAUAGUACUUUUAAUCGCGUUGAGUUGAAAUUGUUUGAGAGUUUUUUGUUUUGUGUUCCCACUAAUGGGAAAGACGUGCAAAACAACCCUGGGUAAUUCUGACAAGGAUUGAAAUACUUUUGAUACUUUGUGCUGUAUUAAAAGCGUUAAAUUCGGCUUGUAAUAACUGAUGCUUCUGUGCAUGAACCACCAGAAAAGCCCAGUCGUCCUCGGGCUGGGAUCCGCUUCCACCUGCCCCAGUGAAAAUGAAAAGAAAUCAUUACCAAAUGGGUAUGACAGCGUUAACCCACAGGGAGGCUUUUUCCUCAAGUAUGAUGGCACAAUUUACAUUUUGUAACUCCUGAAAAAACGCUCUUCUGUGUUUGAUUUGUACUUUGAAGCCAUCGUCACGUUAUUUGCCAGCAUCGCACUGAUGUCGAUUGUGCUGGUCUUUUUCGGUUUCGCGAUCAUACUUAUAAAUCCUAGCGAAGCUGUAAUAUAGCAAAAACAUAUGGGCUACUACGCGAAUUGAAGUUGUCCGACCUCGUUUAAAAUGCCUGUUAAGAGCUUUAAACGUUACACGCAUGAGGAUGGGUCGUUUGAUUAGCUAUGUGGGUAAAAUAUGGUGAGGCCCUCGUUGUUUGUUUUACAGUAUUUUUGUUAAUGGCGUGAACCUCGCAGCGGAACUAUGAUGCUAGCGACGAGGUUCUGCACGAAAGGAGCCCCGCUGCAACAGGAAGCUCCACACACGGAAGUUGUAUGUUCUUUGUGUAUCCCAAUUUAUGGUUGUUUUAUUUAGCAAAACACCAUUUUAGUUUUAACAUUUCGCGCUUUUCCACCAAAACUGCUUGACCGAUUUGGAUUAUGAAUUGCUGGAUCUCUGUCAGGGAGGUCAAAAUCAGUACGGGGGAUGGACGAGCAGAAAUCAAACUGCGAAGAGAAUGACUCUGAACCAACAGCUGAUGACAAUGCCACUGCAAAGCAGCUUGUCUCUUCUGCCGGGGCGUCUAAGGCCAUUCCUGCUGUGGAAUCAUCGAGUGCUAAUGCAGCCUCUUCUAGCACAUCUGUAGAGAGCGUUCGAGCCUGUGCGCUUUGUAACUGUGUGGAGCGGAGUCUGCAUGGACAGCGGGAACUGAGGCACUUUGGACCAUUUUCUGAGCGGCCAACCCUCAAGCCAUCAGCUUCCCCACUGCCACAGCCUGGAAAUGAUGACCUGUCUUCCAUUGGAUUUCCUGAUUCGCCUUGUCUGACAGCACUCCUUGAUGACUCAGGGGGAUGUUGGGUUCACCACUGGUGUGCAGUGUGGUCAGAGGGAGUAAAGCAGACAGAGGAUGAAGAGUUGGAAAAUGUGGAUAAAGCUGUUAUCUCAGGGACACAGCGGAUUUGCGAAUACUGCAAAAGGCUGGGUGCAACCAUUCGAUGCCAUGCUGAGGGCUGUUUGCGGUUCUACCACUUUCCCUGCUCAGCAGCCAGUGGAUCCUUUCAGUCUAUGAAACAGCUGGUCCUCCUCUGUCCAGAGCACAUAGAUAAGGCAGAGGAGCUGGCUGGUGAAGAGUCUUGGUGUGCAGUAUGUGACUCAGCAGGCGAGCUCACUGAUUUGCUCUUCUGCACGGGUUGUGGUCUCCACUACCAUGCAGCCUGUCUGGAGAUUGGAGCCACACCUAUCCAGAGGGCAGGAUGGCAGUGUCCAGAGUGUAAAGUGUGCCAGACUUGCAGACAACCAGGGGAAGACUCCAAAAUGUUGGUAUGUGAUGCUUGUGAUAAGGGAUACCACACCUUCUGUCUCCAGCCAGCCAUGGAUUCUCUUCCCUCUGACCCAUGGAAAUGCAGAAGGUGUCGUGUAUGUGUGGUGUGCGGAGUCCGUGGACUAGUGCUGCCAGGCUCGGCCCAGUGGUUUGAUAACUACGCCGUGUGUGAGGGAUGCCAGCAUCACCGCAGUUCUAUAUGUUGUGUGUGCAGCAAAGCUGCCAACCCGUCUGUUGCUUUGCAGUGUUGCAGCAUGUGCCGCAGAUGGGUUCACAGUGAGUGUAGUUCAGCGGGGGAACCCCCAAAAGCUGAGAUCAUUUGCCUGCUUUGUAAGGAGGGUCAGCGGCAGCCAGUUGCUGAACCAUACACAGCAGACACUCGGACCACAACGUCCCUUAAGGAAACUGAAGGAGACAUUAAAUUGGUGGAAAUGCCAGUCCAAAUGGAUACAGACUUAUCAGAAGUGACACCAGGACAGAAACACACAUUAGAAAUGGGACAGGCUAAAGAUGAGGCUGAUAAAGAGACACCUAUGGACUUUGUGAUGGAGUUUGCAGCGGUUCAGGCAACAAACACUGUGGAGAGAACAAUGAAGGGAGAGCCACCCUUACCAACAGAAGCUUUUGGUUCUGAGGGACCAGCUCCUCUGCUUGAGUCUACAGGCUGUGCAACAACAGAGCAGAGGGGCUCUUGUCCUCCCGCUGCUGAAGACGGAGCCAAAGAGGCACAGAGUCAAGUGGCAGCUUCCCAGGAUCCCACAGCAGAGACACAGUCUAACAACAGCUGUGAAGUAGAACCAACACCAGUGUCACAGCAAGGCCCUGAAAGCAUGGAGGUGGAUGAGGAGAAGCAAGAUGCUCCUCCCUCAGUUAAACAAGAACUAUCACAAGAGUUAUUGAAGAGUGCAUCUGGUGACAUCUGUAUAGGACCGUUCUGUAACGAUCCCCAGAAGUUACCAGCUUCCACAGUCUCUGUGGUUAAAACGGAGCCUUUGUCUAUGGAUGAAAAGCAGGAACGAAGUCCAUGCCAUGACUUCCAGUUGCUUUCUAAUCGUUCUUUAUCAAUAGACACACAAGAGUCCCUCUCUGCAGCUGACAUAGAGGGGAGGUUAUUACCUCACUCUGAGGAGGAGGAGGAAGAGGAGGAUGAGGAUGAUGACCAAAUGAAAGGACACAGUGAGGACAUCAAGAGAAAACUACAAGAGGUUAAGCCGGAGUUGUUGCUGGAUGAAAUGUCAAAUAUGAGCCAUGGUGAUGAGAGCAGCAGUGGCUUUCUAGGCUCUCCAGGAGAACCCGACCCUCAGCUUUCCAUGGAGCUUGGCCUUGUACCUUCCAGCCGCUCACACACUGACAUCUUGCUCACUGAGACCGAUGACUCUCUUCCCUUUGAACCUCUCAGAAGUGACAGAGAAAAGGCCAAACGCAGAGGGUCCCCAGGGCGCUCAAGGGUCAAACAGGGACGAAGCAGUAGUUUCCCUGGAAAGCGUAGACCUCGAGGUGGUAGUGGUGGUGGUGGUGGUGGAGGGAGAGGGCGUGGUGGGAGGUCACGCCUUAAAGCUAUGGCCUCCUGCAUCGACGCCUUUUUGCUAAGCAUGACCUCAGACACUGGACUGAGUAAGGAGGAAGACGAAGAAGAAGAUGACACCAUGCAGAACACAGUUGUUCUUUUUUCAAACACCGAUAAAUUUGUUCUGCUACAGGACAUGUGUGUCGUCUGUGGCAGUUUUGGAAAGGGUGUAGAGGGGCAGUUGCUGGCUUGCGCUCAGUGUGCCCAGUGCUACCAUCCUUAUUGUGUUAACAGCAAAAUCACCAAGACGAUGCUUCGUAAGGGCUGGCGUUGUUUGGAAUGUAUUGUGUGUGAAGUGUGUGGAAAGGCUUCAGACCCGUCUCGUCUGCUGCUGUGUGACGACUGUGAUGUCAGCUAUCACACCUACUGCUUGGACCCUCCCCUGCACACUGUACCCAAGGGUGGUUGGAAGUGCAAAUGGUGUGUGUGCUGUGUGCAGUGUGGAUCCAACUCACCAGGUUUCCACUGCGAGUGGCAGAACAACUACACACACUGCGGGCCUUGCGCCAGCCUCGUCACCUGCCCGGUAUGCCGGGAGAAUUUCAUGGAGGAGGAGCUCUUGCUGCAGUGUCAGUACUGCGAUCGAUGGGUCCAUGCCGUCUGUGAAAGUCUGUACACAGAGGAUGAGGUGGAACAGGCUUCUGAUGAGGGCUUUGCUUGCACAUCUUGCACCCCAUAUGUUCCAAAACCUGUGGUAGUAGAGUCAGCCAUUAUGGCUUCAAUAAAGAUAAAAGAGCCAGAGCCCCAGUUCUACCGUUUGGAGGGUGUUUGGCUUACAGAGUCAGGCAUGUCCCUGCUUCGUAGCAUCUCUAUGUCUCCCCUGCACAAGAGACGGCAACGUCGCUCCCGUCUUGGCACUAUGUGCUCUGAAGGAGGUCCUGAUGGAAUGGAUCUAAGAGAGGUUGAAGGAGAAGGGGAUGAGGGAAAAGGCUGUGGGGAUCCCAUGGACUGUGAAUCAAAGAUGGACCAACAUGGGAGCCCUGAGAGAGACGGUGGUACUGAGCGGGAUGCAGGUGCAGAGGGAGGUGCUGACGGUGACUGUGAGGGUCUUAAAGGGGGAGCAGAGGAGACAGAUGACAGCAAGAAAAGAAAGCGAAAACCUUACAGGCCUGGAAUUGGAGGUUUUAUGGUGCGACAAAGGAAGUGUCACACACGGAUGAAGAAAGAAUUUUUUGCCCAGUUGGCUGGAGAGACCAUGUUGGAUGGACAGCCAAUUGAGCGAACUAUUGAAGAAGGGCCCCACCCUGACACAGACAACAUUAUGGAUCCUAAACCAGUGGAGGGAGAGGAACAGGCCAAGAAACGUCGGGGUCGGAAGAGGAGCAAACUCGAGGAUAUGUUUCCAGCUUAUCUCCAGGAGGCAUUCUUUGGAAAGACACUGAUAGACUUGAGUAAGAAGGCAGUGAUGAUACCUCCAGGGCAGAGGCCAGGUUCAUGCCCCAUCAGACCUACUUUACCAGCACCAACCAAGAGUACUACCCCAGACACUGAUGCCGGGGAUCGUGUGGUGGACAUAAAUUGUCCUCUCAAGCAAGAGGGGGGUGAAGCCCCCCAGGCUCAGGGAGACGGUGCAGGGAUUCCUACACCAUCCUCAUCGCAGACAAACCAGGUGUCAACUGAUCCUCAUGAUUCUGAUGCAGAAAAAAAUGAAGGUCUUCCACAGGGGGUGGAGAGUCAGGAUUCUGAGCAGUUCUUCAGGAAGGUUCUGGGAGUGUCAGAUGGUUCCUCCUUGGGAGGUAUGAAGCCCAUCUUGGAGGGCAAUAAGGGAGAACUCAGUCGUAGUGCUUUGCCACAGAGAGCUCUCCCCUCAGGGUCCCUGCCCUCAGCUGGAAUGAUGGAUGCCUUUCCUGGAAUUUCUCAGUCACCGUUCUUCGACAUGCGGGACAGAGGAGGGCUGUUCAGUCCAGAUGGCGGUGAGGAGAGCCCUUGGGCAACUCCCUCUACUCCAGCAACUCCUUCCUCCCCACCAACCCCCACAGAGGCAGAGGGUGAUGGUCUGUCCUAUAACCAGCGUAGUCUGCAGCGCUGGGAGAAGGAUGAGGAGCUUGGAGAGCUCUCAACCAUUUCCCCUGUUCUUUAUGCCAAUACAAACUUCCCAACUCUCAAACAGGACUACCCAGAUUGGGCUAGUCGCUGCAAGCAGAUCAUGAAAAUCUGGAGGAAGGUCCCAGCUGCUGACAAGGUUCCAUAUCUGCAAAAGGCCAAAGAUAACCGAGCAGCUCAGAGGAUAAACAAGGCACAGAAGCAGGCAGAGAGUCAAGUGUGCAGGCCAGUAAAAACAGAGCAACCACGUGCAAAGGGAGAACGGCCAAGUUUACACCUCCAGAUCCCACCACCUUCAGGCUCAACAUCAAUCUCCUCUCAACCCAGCUCUGCAGACAGCCCAUUUCCCUUGCCUCCCGAUUCAGGAUCGUCUUCUGUCUUUUUCUCAGAUGGACCUGUCAAAACUCCAUUAUCAGCUGAAAUCCGGACAGAUCCUUUGGCUAAGCUUCCGCCUCAGUCACCCCAUUCUUACUCACACCCAACCACACCUUUCUCUAAUGCCGGGGCCAGCCCCGUACAGGCCCCUUCCUCAGGUUAUUCUGCUUCCGGCCCGCAGGGCCCUCCUCAGGGACGGCCAGCCAGUCUUGGCCCUUUUGACAUGCAACCAGGAACUCCUGGAACCCCCAGACGGGCUCAGCAGGUUGACCCCUACUUCAGAUCACAGCUGCAGCAGCAACAGGGUCUUCUUCCACAAUCCCAGCAAGGCUCUCAGGAGUCCCUAGGGCCUCCAGAAAGUCCUCAUUCAAGAGGUCCUGGGCUCGGGGAGUCGACCAUUUUUUCACCAUCCCACAAUACCCACUAUGGAGAUCCCUUCAGAACCCAGCAAGGAAUGGGAAGGCCAGAAUAUGGUUCAUCAUCGUCACCAUCUGCAUUGGCUUCAUCUCCUGCAAGCACAGGGCAGUACAGGACUGAUAUGAGUGCACCCUCUCCACGUUCCUCUGCAGUUGGCAGACAUGAGCUGUCCACCGGCUCCCCUGCUGGAAUGCUUGAGUCUGGAGAUGGUUUGUUCAAGGCACCUUUAACGCCACGAAUGCACCAAGGAGAGAGUGGGGCACUUCAUCCUGGAGCUUCACCUAGCCAUGUUGCUGAAGGCUUCAGGCAGUCUCCCUCUCACUCUGAUCCCCAUAUUCAUCCUCCACUAACUACCAGACCGCAGUCGGGUGAUAAUUGUUCUCUUGGACCCCAGAGACACGCUGUAGCUCAACAGGAGCAAUGUCCUAGAGUACCCUCCAGCCCACAGUCCCAGGGCAGCUGCCAGUCUCCCCACACUCCUGGUGGCAUGUCCAAUGAUGGUUACUCUGUCCAGUCUCCUGCUACUCCUCGUUUCCAAUCUCCAGACCCUUGUUCUCGGCCACCUUCAAGGCCACAAUCUAGAGACCCGUUUGCAGCAGUCCAUAAGCCACCUCGCACUUCCUCUAUUGGCCCAGAGGGAACUGGAAGUUUCAAAACAUCCCCUCAUCCUAACCAGCCAUCUCCAGCCCAUUCUACUAAUACAUCUAUAGGGGAUCCCCUCUCUGGAAAGCCAUCAGCUCCCCCUACUUUCAGCCGCAGCCCGAGCACGGGAGGCUUUCAAAUAACUCAACAGCAGACUCAGAUGGUGCAGCAACCACAGCCACAAACUCAGCCGGCUUUGUCAGCAGACAGCCUUACCUCGCGAGUGCCACCUUCCUCUGGAUCUCAAGAAAUACCAGCUGUCCACACUUCAGACAUGUCAAGUCAGCCAUCUUUGCCAGUAACUCAAGAAAUUCCUGAUAUUUCAGCAGUACAGGACCCUUCAGUAGUAGGACUCAGCCCUGCUGAUCUGGAAAAGCACAGACCGCGCCAAAGACUGAGGGAAUUUGUGAUCAGACAACAAAUGCAUAGACAAGAGAAGGAGGCAGCUGCUGCUGCUGGCAGUGCAUCCCCUGGAUGGUCUGGGGGAGGGAUGGGAGCCUUUCAGCAGGAUAAAACUCACAGAGCACCACCACCUUAUCCACAGGAACGUAUUGCUGCUGCCGCUUCAAGUGCUCAGGCUUCUGUGUCGGGGAAGAUGCCCACAGAUGAUAAGCUCAUUCGCCCACCACAUACAGGAAACCCUGCCGUUGUUGAUCCAGUUAGGCUACCAGGAUCUUCCAGACCGCAGGGUAUGUUUACCCGUCCACCAUUCCCUCCUCAGUGGCAGGGCCAGGCUCCAAGGAGGUUCCCUCAGCCUGGCAUGGAAGCUGUGGGCAUAAGGCACAAUCUUAACCCUGCUGUCAAUAUCCAAGGUAUGGAAGGCAUGGGUAAUACUCAUGCCAUGAUGCCAGGGCACGGAGGUGAAUCCAUGCAGCCAAUGAGUCAAGGUCCGCCACCACAGUUCAUUGAGUUGAGACAUAAUUCACAAAGGCCACCCCUGCGACACCAAUUUAUACCCCGUGGACCCCAGCCCAGGCCACGUCUCUUUGUCCCAGAGCAAGAGAUGUCAACACCUUAUGUUCAGCAACUUCCUAUAGCUCAAGUUGGUGGGAUUCAGACAGAGGGGUUACAACAGGGUGGACUGUCAGUUUUACUGCCUCAGCAGUCCCACAUGCAACCUCAAAAUGCUACUUCAGCCCAAAACACUCGCAGUACUGAGCAGCAUCGACUUUCACAACCAGGUAUAGUCACAGAGCCCCAGCCUGCAGCUGUAGAAAAUGCAGAAGAACUGCCAGAACCUGAUCUUGAUGGGCUAGGCGAUGCUCCAGGAGAUGGAGGAGUAGAAGAUGAGGAUGAUUUGGCUCUUGACCUGGACCCUGACAAAGGAGAUGAUGACUUGGGCAACCUGGACAACCUCGAAACCAAUGAUCCACAUCUUGAUGACUUACUCAACAGUGAUGAGUUUGACCUGCUGGCUUACACUGAUCCUGAACUGAACCAAGGAGACCCUAAAGAUGUCUUCUCAGACCAGCUGCGGCUGGUAGAAGCUGAAAGUGAGGGUCCUUCAGCGUCGUCUGGUUCUGCACAUGUUAAAGUGGAAGACAAAGCCAAGGUGGAGCCAGAGCGGAAGGCUCUGACAAAAGUCCCUUCUACUGCACUAGAGUCUGCUGCUCAACUAACACGCUCUUCACAAACCGCUGAUGCCUCUAAAGUUAAAGUAGAGAACAGAGGUUUGACGCCUCAGCUGCAAACGGGACAGACUGUGGUGAAAGCUGAAAUGGGAGAAGCUGUAUCCAUGCCUCUUGGUGUGACCGCACCAACAACAAAGACUCCACAAAGUGAGAGCCAGUCUGCCUCACUCAGUUCUGUUCGAUUAGGGGGACUUCCAUAUCCCUUGCCAGGCCAAGGUAAUCCAUUGCCUUUUCCUCCAGCUCCUCCACAUGGCGAUAUGGGUGAUGAUCCCUUAGGACUACCUGAUGUAGGGGAGCAGCACUCUCCUGCUGUAGAUCUGGCAAAGGUAGAGAGCUCAUUAGAUGGUGAACUGCCUCUUCUAAUACAAGAUCUCCUGGAGCAUGAAAAGAAAGAACAACAGAAACAGCAACAGCUCAGUUCUCUUCAACAAGGAGGCAUACCACAACAGUUUUCAGGCAUUCCAAAUCCACAUCCGAAUCAACAUUCAUCUGGGCAAAUAAUGUUACCACACCACCAUCGUCCACCACCCCAAGGUAUGAUGAAUCAGCCAGGGAUGGUACCGCGUGCGUCACACAUGUUGCAGCAGCAAAGGCUUAUGGGACCUGGUAUAGUACCGCCAACUCACAUGAUGGCCCAGCAGCAAACCAUGAUGAGGACGAUGCAGCCAGGGAUGCAGCCUGGGAUGCAGCCUGGGAUGCAGCCUGGGAUGCAGCCAGGGAUGCAGCCUGGGAUGCAGCCUGGGAUGCAGCCAGGGAUGCAGCCAGUGAUCCAGCCAGGACUUGGCCAUCAAUCACAACAGCAGCAGCCAGCAGUAAAACAGUCAACUCUGACCAACAGCUUCUUCCCAGAUAAAGAUUUGGACAAAUUUGCUACAGAUAACAUGGAUCCCAUUGCCAAGGCGAAGAUGGUUGCCCUUCAGGGUAUUAAGAGAGUGUUGGCACAGGAUCCAAUGGUUGUUCCCACUGGCAUUAACAGGCAACAAGUUUCUCUGCUUGCUCAGAGGCUGGCUUCUGCCCCAGCCACAGAUCCAAAUCAACUUGCAUCUGGACCUGCAAAGGAGGGAGAGACAAGUGAUCCACCCCAGUCAAGGCCUAACCCUCCUCAGUUUGUGCAAGGAAUAAUCAAUGAUGCUGAACAGCACCAAUACGAAGAAUGGCUUCUUCAUACCCAGCAGUUACUCCAAAUGCAACUGAAAUUUUUGGAAGAACAGAUAGGAGUUCAUCGCAAAUCACGCAAAGCACUGUGUGCGAAGCAACGCACUGCUAAGAAGGCUGGCAGAGAGUUUGCUGAGGCAGAUGCAGAGAAACUUAAGUUGGUCACAGAAGAGCAGAGUAAAAUUCAGAAGCAGCUUGACCAGGUGCGCAAGCAACAGAAGGAGCACACAAAUCUAAUUGCAGAGUACAGAAGCAAGCAGCAGCAGCAUCAACAACAACAGCAGCAGCAUCAACAACAACAACAACAGCAGCAGCAGCAGCAGCAGCAACAACAACAACAACAGCAGCAGCAGCAAGGCUCUGGUAUUAUAACCCAAGGUCAUUCUGCACAGGGGGGGCCCUCUCACAUGUUUCCCAAAAUGCCUGGUCAGAUGAUGAUGGGCCAGCAGGGGGCACCAGUAAUGGGGCAACAUCCUGGCAUGGUACCCCAAGGUGGGAUGCCUGUCAGAAUGCCCCAAGGUCAACCCUUUAUUGGAGGAGCCCAGCCACAGCUUUCUGGGGCUCUUGGAGCCAGUGGUGCCAGGGUCCCAGGUCCUCCUGGGCCUUCAGGAGGAUUUUUCCCUCAGGGGCCUGGGGUGCAAGGUGCAGACCCUAGGCUUCUUCAAGAAAGACAACUUCAGCAUAGGAUGCAGAUGGCAAAGUUCCAGCAACAGCAGCUGAUGGGCCAACAACCAGUGUCACUCCCAAAUCAACAGUCUAGUUUAAUCAAUCAGUCGCAGGCUGGUAUGAUGGGGCACCAACUUAUGGCACAACAACAGGCGAACACUCAGCAGGGUAUGCUAGCUAAUCAGCAGAACAUGGUCCAGGUUGCACAAGGAAUAGUUGGAGGCCAGACUGUGGCUCCAUCACAGAGUCUUGUGGGCGGCCAGCCUAUUAACCAUUCUCAAGGCAUGGUAUCAACUCAGGCAGGAAUAAUUGGUAACCAACAAGUUGCAUUGUCACAGCAGCAGAGGCCUCAGCUGAUGAUGGGACAGCAGGGUAUGGUUGGUGCUCAAGGUCACCCUGGCCUGAGGGGGCCCCAUGCCCAGUUGACUCCUCAACAACAGAACAUUCUGGCCCAACGCAUGCUUGCAUCUCAGCAAAAUAUUACAAAGAAUUUAGCCCACCUUCAGCAGCAGCAAAUGACACAACAAAGACAACCAGCACAGUUGAUCAACCAGUCUGGCCAAGAGCAAGGUCUUUCCCAACCCUCUACCCCACAAAUGGGUUCCUCUCCUUCAGCAGGAAGUAACACACCCCAGCCCCAGGGAUCUACAGAGAGCCAAAACUCAGGACCCAAAGAAGGUGGUAUCCUCAGCCCUGAUUCAAGAACCCCACCACAGCAGAGCGGACCCUCUACUCCCAACCAGAUACAACUAGGCUCUGCAAAUGAUCAUCAAACUGACCUGGGACGACAGCAGCAGCACCAGAAUCAGGUUUAUGUAGGCCAGCAGCAACAAUCAAAUCCCCAGUCUGUACAUGAGAAACAGUCGGGUUUGGUCGGGAACCAGCAAACUGGUAUGCAGCAACUGCAGCAACAACUUCCAGUCACUGUCCAGAGGCAAAGUUCCCUCACCACUGACAAGCCCAGUUUGAUGACAAUUAAAGAGGAAGGAAAAACAUCUGAUUUCUUACAUCAUCAACAGCAAACUCUUCAAAAUGCCACACAGCAGCCACAGGACCCCACCAUGCCGCAACAGAUCACAGGACACAACCAUCCAGGGCAGCAACAACCUGCUAUGAUGGGUCUUAGUUCACAACAGCAGGCCAUCAUGGCCCAACAGCAGAAACAGCAGGUUUUAAUGGGUAUGAUGAGAGCUCAGCAGCAAGGAAUGAUGGGACAGAGACCUGGUGUUCCUCCUGGACAGAUCCGCGCCCCUAUCAACAUCCAGGCCAUUAUUGCUCAGAAUCCUCAGCUCCGCAAUCUCCCCCCCAACCAACAAAUACAGCACAUCCAAGCCAUGAUUGCACAAAGACAACAAGGACAAAUGCUGCGGAUGCCAAUAGGUCAGGGCCAACAACAUCAGUUGAGGCCUCAGCUCCCACAGAUGGGACAGCAAAUGAUGGGGAUGGAAGGCCAUCAAAUGUCACAUGGAGUCAUGGGGAAUCCAGGAGCAGUGGGAAAUCAACACCAGCCAGGUAUGCCAGGCCAACAACCUGGUGUUGCUCCUCAGAUACAGCAAGGAAUGAUGGUCUCUGGGCAGCAGCUCCAAGUGGGAGAGAUGAUGCAGCAACAUAUGAGAGGACAGGUGCCACACUCCCCAAUGGACCAGGGCCCAAUGGUGAGGCCAGCAUCUCCACGUCAGCCAUUAGCCAACUCCCCUGGGGAUUCUCAACGGCACACUUUUAAUCAAGCUAUGGGGAUUCGUCCACCCACUCCCACCCAGAACCAACAGCAAGCACUAAUGGCAGGCCGUGUGCAGGGCUCUCCAUCGCAUGCAUAUUCUCCAAGAACUCCCUUUGGCAUGAGUCCAGUCCACCCAGUCUCACCCCAUUCAUCUCAUGUCUCCUCACCUUCUAUAGCUGACAGCAGGGCUGGGAGGGGCAGUCCCUACAGUCAAGUCAAGGCUUCUCCACUCAGGUCACCCGGGGCUAAGAGUCCACUUGAUUGUCCAGGACCUAAAGCAGACACUCAGUCACCAGGCAGUGGUCUGGCUGCUUCAGUGACUUCCAAUGGGCCACAGAGAGGUACAAAUGCUCAGCGUCAGUUGCAGCAGGGUGCAGAAGACAAACAAGAGGAGCUAUGCAAAAUGACAAUACAGAAUAUUAAACAGGAACCAAGGGAGGUCCAGUGUGACAGUGCGGCUGAAGCUCCUACUGGGACUAUAAAGCAUGAAGCAACCGGGGAGAUGGUUAACGCUGGGAACAACACUACCUUUAUUAAUGCUGGAAGUGCUGCUGUGACUCAAAGCCCUAGAUCUGAGACUGGACAGCAGUUGCUGCAGAAACUCCUAAGAACUAAGAAUAUUCAGCUUGGUGCUCAGAGGCCUUGUGAAGGCAUCCACAGUGAGAUCAAUGGUCACAUCAACAGCAAACUGGCAAUGCUUGAGCAGAAGCUUCAAGGGACUCCACGAAACAUGGAGGAUCUGCAAUCGAUAACAAAAAGGCCUCCUGUGCAAAAGCCAAAGCGCACUAAUAAGGCAGCUGGAGAUCGAGGGCCUAAUGCACGGAAGAAAAACAAGAAGGAAGAAGUUGGAAAAAGUGCUGAAGCCUUGUUAAAACAACUCAAACAGGGCCUCUCUCUGCUGCCCUUGAUGGAGCCGUCAAUCACUGCCAGUGUGGAUCUUUUUGCACCUUUUGGAAGCAGUCCAGCCAAUGGAAAAGCCCAGCUAAAAGGCUCAUUUGGAAAUGCAGUGUUAGACAAUAUCCCAGACUACUACUCUCAGUUACUCACUAAGAGCAACCUCAGCAACCCCCCAACACCCCCAUCUUCCUUGCCACCUACUCCUCCACCAUCAGUACAGCACAAACUGCUCAAUGGAGUAACAGCUGGGGAGGAUCUGGCUGAGAGACAGAAAAACAGAGAGCCUGCUGAAGAGCCGAUGGAUUCUGUGAAAGAGGAGGUAAAGAGUGUAGAUAUUCUAGCAGCUCUCCCCACACCACCACAUAACCAGAAUGAGGAUAUCAGGAUGGAAAGUGACGAUGAGGAUGCUCCAGAAAGCAUAAUUCCAGCAUCAUCCCCUGAGAGUAAUGUAGGAGAUGAAACUCCACGUUUUCCUCAUCUGCGGGAGCCUAAAGAGGAGGAGACAGACAGGGCAAUAUCCCCUAUCAUACCCCUCAUACCUCGCACUGCCAUCCCAGCAUUCACAGAAAAUAAACAAUUCGAAGCUCCUGACGGCAAGGUAGAUUCAACAUCCAACCACUGGGAUAAGAGCAAAAGCAACGAGGUGUCUGUAACGUUCACGUUGUCAUCUGCUGCAGCCAAGAAACUAAAUCACGUGAUGAUGGCCAUGGCCCAGCUUCUUAACAUUAGAAUGCCAGGUACUUAUGAGGUCACUAUCCCUCCCCAAAACCCUGAAAUGUCAGGAGGAGAUGGGCCUGCGAAAGGACCUGGCCAAUCAGGGGUUCUGUGUACAAAGGAUGGUGCUUCACCUAGUCAGGAUGAGUGGCUAAGGCAAUUUGAUGUGUCUCUACCUGGCUGUACACUGAAGAAACAAGUUGACAUUCUGGCACUUAUUAAACAGGAAUUUGCAGAGACUGAAGAAAAACCGGUUCAGCACUGCUAUACAACCAAUGUAAAUGAUUUGGAUGUGCGCCACCUUCCUAUUAUACCAGUGGAGGAGUCUCCACCCCCAUCACCGUCUCCUCCUCAUCCUCCUCCAUCUCUGCCAGUUACAACUAGUGAAGCUGAACCUUCCAAAAAAUCAACUUCCUCAUCACCGUCUCCCUCCAGUCCGGCCAAUGUCCAAACAACAGCUGAGCCUGAACAGCAUGUUAAUCCUCCUCUUGAUGCUGCUCAAUCAACUGAAGUCACAGAGCCUGAAGUUGCUGCUCCAGAGUCUUGCGCAGACGCAGCAGCUACCUCGGCAGUUUCUGAUCCUGCUGCUGCUCCUGAAGAUCAUCUGAGCGCUGUUGUCAAGGAGGAGGAGGUAGAGGAUUUGGUCACUGAUCCAGCUCAACCUCCUAAAGAUUCUCCCACCCCCAUGGAGUCUUCCCCUAAAGCUGUCAAGCAACGCAGGCCUCUCUCACCUGAUGAGGAGGUGGUGCAUCCAAAACUGAAGAAAUGGAAGGGGAUUCGCUGGAAGCGUCUUCAGAUUGUUAUCUCGAUUCGGAAAGGUGGCUCUAAGAAAGAAAACAGCCGUGAGGUGUCUGAACUGAUGGAACGGCUGCGCAUUACUCUUCGACCAGAAAGGCUGCCUCGGGAUAAACGCAAAUGCUGCUUCUGCCACGAGGAAGGCGAUGGUGCCACAGAUGGGCCCGCUCGUUUGCUUAAUAUUGAUGUGGACCUAUGGGUGCACUUAAAUUGCGCUCUGUGGUCCACAGAGGUGUACGAGACACAGGGGGGUGCCCUAAUCAACGUGGAGGUAGCCCUGCGUCGCGGAUUGCGGACUCUUUGUGCGUACUGCCAGAAAACUGGUGCCACAAACAGCUGCAACAGACUGCGCUGCCCGAAUGUCUACCACUUUGCCUGUGCCAUCCGGGCACGCUGCAUGUUCUUUAAGGAUAAGACCAUGUUGUGCACCCAGCAUAAACUGAAGGGGCCCAGUGACGAUGAACUCAGCACAUUUGCGGUCCUACGCCGCGUCUACAUCGAGCGUGACGAGGUGAAACAGAUAGCCAGCAUCUUGCAGCGUGGAGACCGUAUCCACCUGUUCCGCGUCGGAAGUCUCAUCUUUCACGCUAUUGGCCAGUUGCUGCCCUCCCAGAUGGCCAACUUCCACUCAGCUACUGCAAUCUUCCCCGUUGGCUACGAGGCCACACGCAUCUACUGGAGCACACGCGUACCCAACAAGCGAUGCCGCUACCGCUGCCGCAUCAGUGAAGAUGAUGGCCGCCCGCUAUUUGAAGUGCGUGUUCUGGAGCAUGGGAUGGAGGAUUUACAGUACCGUGACCCUACUCCAGAAGGGAUCUGGGACCGGGUUGUUCAGCAGGUGGCUAAACUUCGUGAGGAAUCAUCCAUGUUGAAACUGUUCACUGAACACAUCAAAGGGGAGGAGAUGUAUGGCCUUACAAUUCACGCUGUCAUGAGAAUCACUGAGUCGUUGCCCGGAGUGGAGAACUGCCAGAAUUACCAAUUUAGAUACGGCCGGCACCCUCUGAUGGAGCUCCCACUCAUGAUUAAUCCCACUGGCUGUGCUCGCUCAGAGCCCAAGGUCCCCACACACUGCAAGAGGCCUCACACUCUUAACAGCACCAGUGUGUCCAAGGCCUACCAGAGUACCUUCACUGGAGAGCUCAACACACCGUACAGCAAGCAGUUUGUCCACUCCAAAUCCUCCCAGUAUCGGCGCUUGAAGACUGAGUGGAAGAACAACGUGUACUUGGCACGUUCCCGCAUUCAGGGCCUGGGGCUGUACGCUGCGAAGGAUUUGGAGAAGCAUACGAUGGUUAUUGAGUACAUUGGUACUGUCAUACGCAACGAGGUGGCCAAUCGCAGGGAGAAGAUCUAUGAAGCGCAGAACCGAGGGAUCUACAUGUUCCGUAUCAACAACGAGCAAGUGAUCGAUGCAACUUUAACAGGUGGCCCAGCCCGCUAUGUCAACCAUUCCUGUGCGCCCAACUGUGUUGCUGAGGUUGUAACGUUUGACAAAGAAGACAAGAUUAUCAUCAUCUCCAGCCGAAGGAUUCCUAAAGGAGAGGAGCUGACGUACGACUACCAGUUUGAUUUUGAGGACGAUCAGCACAAGAUCCCUUGCCACUGCGGAGCCUGGAAUUGCCGAAAAUGGAUGAACUAACCAGAAAGAUGGAAAAUUCCCUCUCGCUGGUACCAGAACACUCCUGCGCCAAAGCCUAUGAAAAUCCUACAUCGCCAGUGCAUAAGCUGUUCAUAAAGAUAUGGAGGAAGGCUGGCCUCCGCUAUUAAAAGACUAAAGUGUUACCUGUAGCCAAAGGUUUGAAGAGCAUUAAUCAAUAAAAGCAGCCGACCACCAUUCAUCAGCAGAAGCUUGAUGGUGGGACUAACUUUCGUGUUUGGAGUAGUUGAAUCACCCUUUCCUCAGCCAAAUCCCUCCUCUUCCCCAUCCCCCACUUCAAACCCUCCCAACUAUUCUGGUCUCAAUAAGCUUACAGUGGCUGGAAAAUGAUCCUCACCAUCUACCAAAACAUUCUGACCCUCUGAUAUCACUGCUCGUAGUACAGAGCUCAUCUGGAGCUUCGACAAAAAAAAAGCCAUUAAAAAUGUUAAGAAUGAACUAAGGACACUUUUUAAAAAAUUUUUUUUUAAUGUUUUAAGUCGGACCUAUUUCCUGUCCCGUCUGACCACACCUCCCCCCCUUACCUCCCAGACAAGGCACUUUCCCAUCAAUGACUCAUAACGACAACAUGGAUAUUGGCUAGCUAGACAAUCUUGAUGUGGCUCUGUGUGAGAACUACAUGUGAUCGAUGGAGAGAGGAAAAAGAAAAGAGGAGAAAAAAGUAAGUUAAUAUAAAAAAUGUAAGAUACUAUUGAUCUGUGGCUUCAGUCGCACCAGAUGUUCUGACUGUGUGGAGUCCCAUGGUGGGUUAGUUGGACCCAGUCUACCUCACUGAUUUAGCGAGAAGUGACUGCUUUGUAUAAAAACUGUUAACUGCUACUGUGGAAAUACUCCGGGGGGUUGGGGAGGGGGCGCGAUGGUGAUUUUUGGGGGUGGGAGGGUUGUUUUUAUGGGCUUAGCCUUCUCGGACAAGCAGGGAAUCUUAAGCAGCAGGUUUGCUCUAUCUACUCUAUGCUGAUGAUGAUUUACAAUAAUGAGCCAACAUAAUUAUUAUUCAUGAAUUAUUUAUACAGAUGAACUAUAUGACAGUUUUGAUAAGAUAUUGCAUUAAAGUCACAAUCAGAAGCUUAGUGGGUGUUCUGUAUGCCACCAAAUCAUCCUGGAUAUUGAUGUAGCUUUUUGCUUUUGUGUUCUUAUUUAUGCAUCUAAAAACAAAAUCCUGCUAUUAGCUGUGUGAAAGCACAAUGACAUCCACAUUUAUUUUUUCUGAGUUGCUUAAGACAGUAAGAGUUUGAGUGAAUGGCUCAAGGAUCACGCAGGUCCAAAAUUAACCAAGUACCCAUUAGCUGGUUGUUUCACACCUGAAAGUUCCACUUGUUUGGGGGAAAAAAAAAAGGAGCCAGCAGAUGCAUGACUACUGUCCCCAUUCAGUGCUUUUUUUUUUUCUCUUCUUUUUUUGUUUGUUUUUUACUCCCCAACAAGUCAACCUUAAACUUUAAUCAUGCCUCUUCCUCUCUCUGUAUUAUUUAAUGGACUGUUGUUAAACUUUUACUGUAGUAAGUCUUCCUCCGCCUGAGUACAGCCUGCAGUGUUUCUACUUCCCCUGUAGUGUGCUUUUUCUAGUGCUGGUACUGUCUCCUCGAGGCUGAACUGAUGGCAGGGAAAGACUUAUUGGAAAAAAGGGCAUUUGUUUUCAUUUCUGUAUAAGAAUAAUGAGAAAAAAAAGUCUUUAAAGGGAGCUUUACUAAAACUCCACCUUCCCAUACUACUUUGGUUCCUCCUUCCCUUAACCUAAGACCUCACAUGAUUUUAAAAAUGCAAAGUUGUAAAAACUGUAAAUAUACUAUAUGCAUUGAGGGAGGGGGGGACAACAGCUCUUUAUCCAGCCCCUUUGUAAUCAAAGUCAAAAGUGUAGAAAAAUAAAAUUGGAAAAAAAAAUCAACCACUGGAUAUCAUUUUAACAAAGAUAAAGCUGUACAUAAAUAUAAAUAUAUGUAAAAUGGCAAACUAAUAUCUUUAUGUAUAUGAACCAGAGUGUUUUGCAUUUACUUGUUUUUUCUAUUAGUGUUUUUUGCUAUAAGCUUUCAGGUGAGUUUGUUAAAAAUAGAUGUGAGGAAAAUGUCCGGGGUUCUCGACAAGAAGCCGACGUGAUAACGAGGCUGUUUGGAUUCACGCAGAGAGUUGUUAAUUAGACAUGGAAAAAUCACUUCUUGCAUAAAGCAGUACAAUGGUGCAUAGCAUUUGUAUUUAUGUAAUAUUGUUCAUGUUUAUUUUUUUCUUUUUAUUUAUGCUACUGCUUGUUGAUUUACCAAAACCUCCCCCUUUAAUCGGUCAAAAUUGGAUUCAUAUAGUCUUGAAUGGACAAAUCUUGAAUUCCCUAGAAUAUUGUUAGUGUUUGCUUUUUCUUUUUUUUUCCUUUAAUAUCUUCCCUAUAGAAGUGAAUGUGUUGGUUAACAUUGUGAAAUGGUUACUUGGCCUGAUGUAUGUUAUGAUGUAAUAAUCAAAGUUAAUCCCAUACUUAACCUGGUAAUGAAUUGCACUCUCGUAGUAUAACAGAAACUUUCUCUGAAGUGGUAGAUAUUGAUCAAGUAUCCGAAGCAGUGAUAUAUAUAUAUACAUAUAUAUCUAUAUUUUUUGGUAUGUUUCUAUUCCAAGGGAAGAACACGAGACAUUAUGCCGCUCACUGGAUUUCCGCCUGAAUAAUUUUUAACUUCUCUGAAACUUAAUUUAAGUUCUCUGCAUAUCUUAUAAUUUAAUAAAGGUUGCUCAUAAUUUGAUUUUUUUUUUCUUUUUAACCUCACGUACUUUAAAAUACAAAAAAAAAGAUGUUGCAUCUGUACAGCAGAGAUACUUUUAGGGAAUAUGAAUAAAUAUAAUGAUCAUUUUUAUUGUAUGUGGCAUGUUUUAUAUGGAUAUUAUUUUGAAUUGUACAUAUUUUUUUCAGGACGCCAGAGGUUGCAUCUCUUUAUAUACUGGUUUUCCACUUCCUUUCCCCUUCAUCUUAUUUCUUUGUCUUUUGUUUCUUGUAAAGGAAAAAUAAAAUGCAUUUUAAAUA